GCGGGCAGGCUGGCCAUGGGCGCCGCGCUCCUCCAAGAAAUGGUCGCGGAGCAUGUCGCCUCCGGAAUUAGAUGCGCCUGUCCGCUCUGCCGCUGCCGGAGCCGAGCGGAUGCGCAUGCUCAUGCUCAUGCUCGCUCUGAGGAAUUGGGAAUUGGGAGCAAUGGCGGGUUGACGUACUGUGUUUGAUUGAUUUUGAUUUGCAUUUGGAUGCGAUCGGACUCGAGAGCUGGGGACGUGUGCGUGAUUGACUGACGGAAGGAAUUUCUGCGUUUCUGGGGUCAAGAAGAAUAUGGUCUUCUUGGUUGCGCGAGUGGGGAGGGCGGAGGAUUCCGUGCAGGGCGGCCAACUUGCCCAGGUGUCGUGCGAGUCUCGCAUGGAACAGAAAAGGAUGACGCUGCGGACUGUAAGCGAGGGAAUAAAGCUCGGCGUCCGGUGUCUGAUAGUGAGGGCCGAAUUGUGAAAGAAGGCUGCAGGAAUACUCAAAGCUUCGAAAUGUUUGCAGAAAGAGGAAUGUAGGUGACAAUUGUACGAGUGAGUGUUGGUGAAGAAAGUAUAAGCGGUGCGCCCCCUUUGAUACCUCAGGAAAGAAUGUACAGUCGCUGGUGAUGUGCCAUGCAUGUAGUCGUUUCAAGGGCGACGGAGAGGAGAACAGAUCCCAGAGCGAAGUGAAAGCCAGCGCAAGGAUAAGCAGGAGGAGUCGAGGCGGGCCCCAGCAAUCUGAAAUGCUAUUUCCAUGAACAGGCUAGUCCUGCGAACUUGGGGAGAGAAAUAGUACGCCCACGCAGAAAUAGAGUCUAGUGUAAGCGGUGUGUCGAGAUCGUGCGGAGGAAUUUCCCGGGGAUGGUGAUGGGUUCUCAACAAGUGGUCUGAGCUGAUGAUCUACGGCGGUAGUAUUUUCUUCGGCAGGAAUGUGUGAGCAUCAUGCGUAGUUGAAUAGGCAGGAACGAAGAGAUCAGAGUGCUGAUUGAUGACGUAUUGAUCUGUGUUUCCCAAGGAUGAUAGCUGGCUGCCAGGAGUUUUGCAGUCGGAAGUUUCGGGAUAAUAGAUCAUCUGUAUGCCUCAGGCGCCGGAGCAUCUACCGUCGAGAGGAAACUCUUUCGGGUCGUUAGCGAGCUGAGCGCACACAUCUUUGAGCUGUGUGAGGAAAUGUUUACACAGAUUGUUCAGAGUCGCCACAGAAGCAAUGAAUUGUGCAUGGGUACUGAAGUGAAGGACUGAAACAUAGUAGUUGCGACACAAGUCUGGGAUAGUGGGGAAAGCCUGGUAAUCGAACGAUGAUCCGGAGUAGUGAAGGUGCUGAUACAUCUGCAGUCGAGGAGCAGAAGAGCUCGAUUAUCAACUUUGACCCUUCCAGCUCCAAUGGGGAAGGCGAAUUUGGUGUCCCCGCGUUACAAGGGUACACAUUCAACCUUGACGGGUCACAAAAUGGGAUCCAAGAACUUGCGAAACAGCAAUCUCAAGGAAUGCGUGCAAUUUCAAGCUUGCCUGAAUUUGUGAUAAACGCGGCGGGAAUUCCUGGUUUAGAUGGAUCGAACGGUGAACAUGGAAUGCCUGGUUCCCGAGGAGCUGACGGUCAACAUGGGAAGGACGGUUAUGGACCCGGACGGCCGGGAAAGCCAGGACGAUCGGGGAAAGAUGGUAAGGCAGGAACAGCUGGCAAGAAAGGGAAGAAAGCCACAAAUGGCACGGCCGGCGGACGUGCGAUGAACGUUUACCUGCGCCUCGAUGGGGAAGGACCUCAAGGUCUCGUCGUCACAGGUCAUUUGGAGCGAGUUGAGAAACAAACAGACGCACCUGAAUCGGCAGCAGAGGAGAAUAGAAUUUUGUCAACCGUUCUGAUCAGAGAACGUUUGUCUCUCGAACGCCGAAUUGACGCGCAUAGAAUCCAAGGUCCCUCUUUAUCGGGAACGAGGAAAGAAAGUGAUCGGGAAUUGUCUCCGGUGAUAGCCGACGAUGAACUCGGUGGAAGAAUCCAGUUUCUUUCGAAGACAGGCGUAAUUCUUAUAGAUGCACAUGGCGGUCGUGGUGGUAACGGUGGUGAUGGAGGAAAUGGAGGCUGUGGAGGUGAUGGUGGCAACGGUGGCAAUGGAGGAAACGGUGGUGAUGGAAGGAAGGGUAUGAAACCUGGACUCAGUGGAGAGAAUGGAGGAAGGGGAGGCGACGGAGGUGCUGGGAUGGCAGGAGGUCCAGGAAAUGAUGGAGGCUCAGCAGGCAAAGGUGGCAAUGCAGGAUCAGGAGGUCAAGUUACAAUUGAGACCACGAAUCCCGAACUACUGAUGCUAGUGGAGGCAGAUACACGAGCUGGCACGCAUGGAACGGCAGGCAGACCUGGCAAUGGAGGUGAAGGUGGAAAAGCGGGAAGUGGAGGUAUUGCUGGACGCGGAGGAACAGGAGGGCCUCCUUGGGACAAAUUGUAUCUGCCAAAGUAUCGCAAAACAAAAUAUUACUAUGGUUGUGGGCCAGGUCGGGAUGGAGCCUCAGGUCGUGCAGGAGGUCUUAUUGGUCCAAAGAACGCAACUGCAGGAAACCCAGGCUCACCUGCUGUUAAUGGGAAGGACGCCAAAGAUGGACAGGUCACUUGGAUCCUGAAGUCAGCUUCAGGCGAAAUCAUCGAAAAAGGGAAAUCCCGCUACAAUUGUGCUGUAUGUCAAUACAGAGUCAGGUCCACGUCAGGCAAUGGAAUUAUCUCUCCCGGUAGCAUCAUCACCAUUGAUAAGGUGACGGUCUGUAAUAACGGGGGAAUGACUUUGCCAGCGGGUACUCGACUCUCCUUCGCUGCCACAGGAGGUGUAUUGACUAGUGGCAAGGGCGUGAACAAAGUGGAGAUCUUACCAGAACUUGCCAAGAAUAAGCGUUACAAAUGUCACUCUACUUUUUCAAUUUCGUUGGAAAAGCUUGACGGUCCAGCAGGCGGGGCUCCCUUUCAAGCACUUGUUUCCAUAGCUCCGUAUCUUGAACUUGGAGGAAGAACUUUCCCUGUUGCUGACCAAGUCAUGGAGAUUCCUGUGCAAUAUCCGAUUCGCAUCGCCGAUGAUGUGCAGUUUCCCCACACCGUGCACCAAGGGGGCACAGUGUUCGUGAAAGUCAAUGUGCAAAAUAUCUCUACCCGCACCUAUGGUGGUCGAAGCACCACCCAGUCCGGAGGUGUAACUCUAUUGGUCCUGCUGUUUAUUGAACUGGAGGGUGGUGAGAGGAUUGAUCAUACUUGGAGACGUGAAGUGCCAGAAAGUGGUGCAGGACGAGAUCAAAAGGUCGAAGUGGACUUCCGUAUUGAUACAAAUGCUCAACCAUAUUCGAUUCUCUCUCUUCAAACGCAUUUACUGUUGAAUACUCAAAGCAUCGAAUUUAGGCAUGUGGAAUCUCGUGUUAUUCCUGUCUAUGGAGGUGCAGAUAUUGAUGCCGUCCUUCUCACAGACACAGAUUUCAGGCCCGGAGCGUACAAACUCUGGAAGGGUAUUCUUGCGUUUCUGGGCCUAAAAUAUGUGUUUUGGGAUAUUAGCUGGUAUCGCACAUAUUCGAUGGAAGAUGUUCCGUGGCUAGGCAAACACCGUCUUGUUAUAUUCACCCAUCUGCAGGAAGAUAACUUCAAUUCUCUAACACACUGGGUACGGGAUGUGCUUCCUCCGCAUAUAUCUGCCCUCGGUGGUGUCAGAGGCAUUGACAAUGCUGCAGCCAUCUUUGUCGGACCAACGUAUAAAGAAGUCGCCCGAGAGAUGGUCGACUGGAACAGUGGGGAGAAAGUAAAGGAUGUCACAACGUUGAGCUGCAUAUCAUCUUGUUACAGCACAUCGAACGAGGAAGCUCUUAAACGAGCCGUUCUCAAGGCGUCUAGUUUGCAAAGAAAGCUUAGGGCGAUCGACAAAUCACCAGACUACACACUGCUUGUGGCUCCAAUGAAGGGCGAUGGUAUUAAGAGUAUACCACUUAUGCUAUAUCGGGAAACAUUACCUGCGCUUUUUAACACAAAGACUAUUCCUGUCAAAAUGAACGAGGACCCAGCUGGAGUUGAUCUACUCGCUUGUUCUCCACUUUUGACCACGCAAGAUGCCCCUGAUAUCUACUCAGGGAUCUCAACAGCAAUUGGUGGGCUGAUUACCAAUCCAAGCACUGUGCCCACUAUGCAAAGAGCUCACACUGGACAUCCCAUAAUUUUAGAUGGGAAGAACAUUUCACUGGGGUAUAUGAUAGCAGGAAUGAUUAUGUCACUGCCCAUCCAGUUUAGGCUAGACUUAUUGUUCAGAUUUACAGGACACCCGGCUUCAGAUAUACCAGCUUUCUCAUCAUCGGGUGUCGCUUUCUCACAGGUUAUAGGUUUGGCUUUUUACCUUGACCUUAGGUCAGAUUGGGUGUGUCAACGGCACACUUUACCACAUGGACAAAUCCUUGUGCAGGAGUUCAAGAGGGCUGUGAAUACACGUGGAUUCAUGACAAUAUUUGAAAUCGAGUCCUUUGUAGUCGAACUUACCGGUGGACUGAUUCUUUUGAAAGACGAGUUUAAAAGUCUUACACCGAGUAAAGCAAAAGCUAGGCAUUUGAUCAAAGGCAUGCUGAAACAAAUCGAAACUGCCCUUGGUCGCACUCGCUCAGUACAUAUUCCCAAGGCUGAGAAGGUUAGAACUCAAUACAAGAACUUGCAGCGGACACUUCCUCCCUGGAUGUUUUCCUUCCUUGAAGAGCAGCAGAUUAUCCGUGUUCUGGAUAGUCGUGGGAAACUUUCGAAGAAGUUAGAGUAGAUCGCUCUUUAGACUGUACAUCGGUGUUAGCCUUUAUUCUUAUGUCAAAUAUAGAGCAAAGCUCCAUAUUGUUCGUCAUACCUUAAGCAGUCUGUGCUGACCUAGUUACUCAUUUUCGGACAUAGUGAAUCAUGUCGAUUGUACUUGGUGAUUUAGUGGGGGCUAGACUGAUUGUUAGGUGUUUGUAGGAUACCACGAUAACAUCGUAACCAAAGUGCGCAAAUGAGAGAGUGCACAAACUUAGAAUUGAUUCUUUUAUAGUUUACUCCAUUAGAUCAAUAGUAGAGGGUGCUUUGAUGCAGGAGGUUAAUAAAAAAGGUUUGAAGGUG